UUCAGUAUUUCACCCCUUGAACAUUAAUUCCUUACUCAUUUCAUUCUUGUCCUGAUAACUAUGGCAGAAAAAUAUAGUAUAGGUUUGUUAGGUGUCAUGGAUCAUUUGUGGUUUCACCAAAUUAUUCUCCUUUCAGAAACCCAUUCUGUUUCAUUUCCUAAAAAUGUUGAAAAAACCCUGCCUAUUCAAGACUCUCUGACAUGUUCUCCUAAAAACCAAUAUCAAGAAUUGUCAUCAGUUGAAUCAGAAAGCACUCUUCUACAGGAUGUUUGUGAAAAACAAGAAGCCAUUGAGAAGGAAAGACCAACAAGACUUAAUCUUGUAGCAACCAGAAAAAGCAGGUCUCAUUCAUCAUCACCUGCCACUGAUAAAAGAUAUUCAAGAACUGACAGAUACUUGAAGGAUUCAGGAAGUAUAGUACUAGAAAAAACUAUGAGUUGCAGGACCUUAGGCGAACUCGAGCUUGAAGAAGUAAAAGGUUUCAUGGAUUUAGGCUUCAUAUUUCGCAAAGAACAUAUAAGCAAGAGAAUGAUAAGUGUUAUUCCUGGUUUACAAAGACUUGAAGAAGUAGUAAUGUCCGAAGAUGAAGAAAAAAUUUGUGAAGAUUCAAAAGCAAAUAGUGUUAAUGGUAUUGUAGCAGAAGAAGAAGACGAUAAAAGGGAAAUUGCGCGGCCAUAUUUAUCCGAGGCAUGGCUUAUUAAAAGGCCUGACUCACCAUUGUUAAAUUUGAGAAUACCAAGAAUUUCUGCUGGUGCUGAUAUGAAGAAACAUUGAGAUAUUGGGCUAAAACAGUUGCCACUGUGGUUCUUCAAGAAUCAUAAUUUUGUGUAGUCAAUUUAGCUAAAUAAGAUGCAUUGCAUAUAUGUAGCCUAGUCUUAGCAGAUUUUAUUUAUUCAUAUUGUUAUAGUGCCCCCCCCCCCCCCCCCCCCCCCGCGCCUUCCUUUUUUUUUUU